AUGACCGGUGAUCAUUGUAUUGAGACUGACGUUCAAGGCAUAGUCCCUCAUGAGAGUUUGUUGAAGGUUGUUGGGAGUUUUGAAGAGUCACUUGUGUUUAUUGAUGAGCUGGCGGAGACGGAGUGCGUAGACAGUGUUUGGAUAAUGGGUGGGAGCCAUCUGUACCAGGAGUCUUUGGCCCAUCCACGCUGCCGGAAACUUUACUUGACGCACGUAAAUACGGACUUCCAAUCCGAUACAUACUUCCCGGAGUUCGAAAACGGCUUUAAGGAAAUACCAAACGAUGUUUCGGACAUCACGAGGCAUGAAGAAAAUGGUGUUUCCUUUGACUUUAAGCUUUACGAAAGGAUGUCGUCAUAAGAUCAAGCCAGACUAUGACAUUCAUAUGUUGUACACAUACACACCAGAUUUUAGACAGUAAUCCCAUGGAAGCUAUUGAAGCAUGUGUAUAAGACUAUAAGAUGUUAUGAAAUUGUCAAAUUGACUGAAGAAUCAGGGAGGUAACAAAAUUCUGUGUCAUAUCAAUGCAUUAUUUAGCUAAUUAGAUGAAAACAUGGGUGCCGUGGUUAACUCACACGUGUUUCUUACCCCAAAACUUGCCACAAAUGUCCACCAUAUUGAGACAAUGUUCAAACUGCAUGUUCCAACCAAUUUGGCUAAUGGUCAAUGUCACACGGAGUGCUCAAUUGUCGUAUGACUAAAUUUCGUGUCUGCUCCAUAUCUCGUAAACCGCUUAAAGGAUUUCUAAAUAACUCGUAACACCAUAUUGAAACGAUGUGCAGAGCGCAUGUUAAAACCAGCUCGCUUCAUGAUCAAGUUCACACACAGAAGUCAAAGGUCAGAUUUGACCAUAAAAUUGCUAUGGUUCGUGUCCGUCCCAUAUCUCUUGUAAUGCAGGCAGAGUUUUGUUCGGGUAUGACUAAAAUACGAAAAUAGGCUAUUUUCGCGAAAAUAAGGUUAUUUUUUGAUGAAAAUAAGUUAUUUUCGCGAAAAUUUCGGAAAAAAAUGUUAGUUUUUGAAUAAAAUAAAGUUAAUUUCGCGGAAAUAAGUUUUGGUAAAAAUCUGAAAAUAGGGUUAGUUUUGGCGAAAAUAACAUCUUUGACAAACAUGUAGUUUGAUAAAAAAAUCUGGAAAGUUUUGGCGAAAAUUACAUUUUUUUGGUAAUUAUGUACUUAGUUUGGGCUAAAAUAAAGUUAUUUUUAUCAAAAUCUGAUUUUCGCAAAAAUAACUUGAUUUUAAUAAACUAAAUACAUUAUUGUCGAAAAAUGUUAUUUUCGCCAAAACUAACUCUAUUUUCAUAUUUAUAUCUCAAUCUUAUUUUCGCGAAUAUAACUUGAUUUUAGUAAAAACUAAAUACAUUAUUGUCAAAAAAUAGUUAUUUUCGCCAAAACUAACCCUAUUUUCAUAUUUACAUCAGAAUCUUAUUUUCGCGAAAAUAACAUUAUUUUUGCCAAAAAAUUACUAUAUUUUGGUCAAAAAUGUUAUUUUCGCCAAAACCUAUUUUCAUAUUUCUUAAAGCUAUUUUCGCGAAAAUAGGUUAUUUUCGUAUUUUAGUCAUACCGUAUAUUAAGAAAUACCAGGCGUUUAAGACAAGCUUUAAAUAAAUGUUUGGGCCUCUCGAAGCACUGACAAAUAUUAUAGACAUGUGUUCGAAGCAAAGAAACAAUAAAGACACGAAUGAAUGAUUGAAUGAAUGAGCGAACGAACGAACGAUAAUACGACAGGACGAUUAUGAUAAUGCAAUAUACUAUCGUGUUUUCACCAUCGUACUAUCAACAUUUCGCGUUUUCGUUAUCGCGACAGUACGAUGAUGAUAACGCGACAGUACAAUGAUAAAAAGUGCAAAGGACGGCUAUAUGUCCCCCGCCGUUGUUUGUUUAGUAUAUUUUGUUUUUCUCGCAACCUGACUUUCUGACCAAAAUUGUACACAACCACUGGUCAAGAGUGGGAAUAUAGAAAAUACAAGUUGUUUGAUCGGUAACCUAAAUAUUCUUGGAUAAAUGAACAUAUUAUAAAAGGAUAUUUGUUAAACUUAUUCAUAUUUUGUGUAGGAUAGGUAAGAUCAAUGUCAAGGCUAUUUUGACUAAAGAGAGAAGGAAAAUGAGUCCUUGAUUUAAAUAACAUCGAUGAAAUAGCAAGCCUUAAGUAUUUUCGAUACAGUGCUACGUAUAUAUAUUGUGGUGACGUCAUAACAUUGUUUUACUGCUUUUG